GCGGGGCGUUGGUUGGCUCUCUCCGUCUACGUCCCUUGUCCCUCCCGUUCCUCGACAGCACCCGACGUCGAGCUCGUCGUCCUAGACAGCGAUGGACGCGCCCUCUCGACCACCGAUCACGACUCCGGCAGCCAGUGCCAGCAAUGUGCAGCGGGAGGCGGCGGAUUUCGCAGAGGCGAUCUCCGCCAGAUUUUCUCGGUCAGGCACUACAGCUCUCAUUCCCCUCGAUGCUCCACCUCGCCUGAUUUCUCCCUCGCUGUCGUUCUCCUCUCAUUCUCACUCUUCUUCCCAUAGCAUGCUUAACACAAGCCCUCCCCCUCCCUCCGCCUUUUCUCCCCUCGAUCCCGCCUCUCUCUCCCACUUUCUCGACGACCCCGACGCCCUCAUUGUCGAUAUCCGGCCGCAUAAUACCUAUGUCAUCGCUCGCCUGCCUAACGCCCUAUCGCUGUCCGUUCCGUCUACUCUCCUCAAGCGGCCACUCUUCUCCCUUGACCGUCUCACCCAGAUGUUGCCUUCUAAUGCUGAUCGGACACGUUUUACACAAUGGCACACUGCCACCAGAAUCCUAGUCUAUGACUCUGACAGUUCUUCCUUGUCCGAGGGUGGCAACCUUCUCGGUCUCCUGCGUAAGUUCCGCAAUGAAGGCUUCCCCGAGGACCGCACACUCGCUUGGCUCAAAGGCGGUUUCCAUGCUGUAUGGAGAGAUCACCCAGCCUUGGUGGACCGGGAUCCUCCCCCGCAAGAUGAUGAAGAGGAAGAUGCAACAAUGCCAUUGGCCAAGACUAUGUCCGCUCCUGCCGCUAUGGAUGCGGUUUUGCGAACAAAACGUCUUCCCAUGUCCGCAUUCACUACGUCGUCAACGACCUCAUUACGCUCGGUCCAUGCAGAGGUAUCCGCGCUGCCACAGGCAAAUGUGAUGCCUGCAACACCCAUGACUCCCCGUACGGAUCCUUUCUCUGCCGUAUCCACCUCUUCCCACCCGCAAACGCCGUUCACUCUCCGCCUACCGUCCAUGUCCCGUAUGAGUUCGGCUGCAAGCACGCUACCUGGUGUGAAAGAAGGUGAAGUUGUUGACUCGAUGGCUUCUGCCCCAGCACAGAUAAGGCAGGCCUUUCCUCGAUUCGCCGGCCAGUCCAGUCUCCCAACAUUGUCGCCUCAGUUUUCGAUGUAUAGUGCACCUCCGAGGCCGCAUCACAAUUCAAUGCCGCAUGGGCAACCGUCGGGACAGAUGGCAUUCAACCCGUUCUUCGACACUAUACGACAGAACCUUGAGCUUGCUCGAGGUGCUCAGUCGCACGACGGAAGUGGAUCUUUGAAUAGUAUCCCUCUCAAGCUGUCAAGAAGUGUUCGACGGCGUCUUGGCGAGCUGCCCUUCGAAUGGCUGCGCCAGAUCGCUCGCAAGAGCGGCAAACUCAGGCCCGUAGUGGAGGACACACAAAGCUCUGAUGACUCUGAGAACGACUCCGAUGUCCCUCCAAGUUCCACGGAACGACCGUCGUCAGCGUCGCCACGGUCGUCAGAAUCAACAUCACCGACAAAUUCUUCGGCUGAAGACCUCACUCGCGCCCUGUCCAUGCAGUUUUACAGGAUUGAGCUCGGUGAGCAACGUCGGCUUAUGGGCGUGAUGGAACAUCAUUCGAAGGAAAGCGGCGUCGUGAUGUCUGGGCCUUCAUCAAGUGCUAGUCGUGUCAUGGGCAAGACUGUGUCGGCAAGUGGUUCUCUAACAGCCCCAUCACCACUGUCUAGUGUCCUUGGAACGGCCACCAGAAGUGUGACCCACAGUGGAGUGCCUGUUACGGGGCCUUCAUCGGCGUCGACCACAUUUUCGUUCACGUCGUUGAGCGAGAAGCAGAGGGAGAAGAGUAAAGAGUCGGCCAGUUCGAAGUCUUCUCAAACUUUCCCCUUUAGCAUCACCGCCGGCGUUGAGAAGGGUGCGAAGAAUCGAUAUCGCAAUAUUUGGCCUUUCGAGCAUGCUCGGGUCCGUCUGUUACGAAAGUCGGGUUCGGAUGACGACGACUACAUGAACGCGAGUUACGUUCAACCACUCGGCACGACCAAGAGGUAUAUCGCCACACAAGGGCCUCUAGCUGCCACCUUUACUGAUUUUUGGACUCUAUGUUGGGAACAGAAUGUCCACGUCAUUGUCAUGCUUACUCGAGAAGUCGAAAGCUCCACCGAGAAGUGCGGCACAUACUGGUCCUCAGGCAACUAUGGCCCGCUAAAGCUCACAUUGCUCGAGACGAAUGACACGCCUGAGCGAGAACGUAAACGUCGAGAAAGCGAGAUGUCAUCUGGCUUCUUCAACAUACCUAGUGCGCCAAAACCUGCCAGGACUCGUCGUAAGCGACGCAGACGUAGAGGAGGUACCAAUGCCGCGACAUCUGAAGAGGAAGACUCAGAGAGCGUGCAUACCAUCAAGCGUGUCUUUGAACUGACACAUUCAGGUUAUCCUUUGGCAUCACCCCGCAUUGUGACACAGUUGCAAUACCUCGACUGGCCUGAUCUGAACGUUCCCGACGACCCCCGAGGGUUGUUGGAUCUUAUGUGGGAGGUGGAGGAUAUCGUGGACAAUUCGAGAAAGAACGGGGAGAAGGUUUGGGGAGAAGGUCCUUUGCGCAAGCCGUCUGAUGCGCGUCCAGACAAACCUACUUCCCCUGUCGCUGCCAAUUGGGAAGAUCCAGAGAAUAUCGACGUUAUCGGCGGUAGUGAGGUCGACUCUCGGACGGGCGUCGCCAAGCAUGCGGUCUCUGACCCACCUCUCCUCCUUCACUGUUCGGCAGGCGUCGGUCGCACAGGUGGCUUCAUUGCUGUUGACGCUGUUCUAGAUGGUAUCCGAAGAGAAAUGAGGAAACACCGUGAAACACAGGACGUGAAGGCAGACUCGUCGUCUCCUGCCGAAUCAGGUUCUCAAAGUCGAGCGAGCAGCCGUGGUGCAGGGCAAAUGGACGUCGACCCUAGUCCAAGCCCGCCGCGCCAUCGCCCAUCCAGCGAGCUCGCUUUGGGAGAGACGUCCGUCUUGACUAUGCCUGUAUCCGUUGGCCACAAUGAGGUCCAUGUCCCUGUCGCAGGGUUCGCUAGUCCUCCGCCUGAUGCUAUGGACGUGGAUGAGGGCGCCACGAGUACUCAGCGUCCAAGUAUGGGCAGGAAGAAUACCCUGAAGGCGUCUAGUGAGCUAGUGAGCGAAGUCAAGAGAGCAACUCAACUCAAGAGGAUGUCGUCAAAUAACAGUAUGAACGUCCCGGUGGAUGUACCGGUCCCAUCGCACGCUCAUUCCAGUCAAGAUUCUGUGACGAGCGGAGAUGAAGAUUCUGGUCGACGAUCUAUGUCUCUCUCAACCUCACCUUCCACCUCUGCCUUGGCUUCUUUGUCGCAGUUUGGGUCUAGAGCAGGUUCGAGCCAUCCCUCAGCAAGCCCCAUUUCCAGCCAUGGCGGCAGCUCUACAAGUUUAUCGCAGGUGGUCAAGAACGCUGGCGUACCUCUUAGACAAACUUCGAAGGAUGCAGCCAAUACCAGUGUGCAACCCGCACAUUCUUUGUCCCUGCCCACUCUUGCUAGAAAUCAACAUUCAUCAUCAAAUGGCAGUCAACAGACUACAAAGCCAUCUGCCGAGGUUGAGGGAGAGAUGGACUUAUUGUCGCCGAAGCAGACACAUACGCAUACGGCCAACCCUUCAAGAACCGCCAGUCGAUUGAACACAUGGCGUUCUGAAGUAGGCAGUUCACAGACUCAGAGUACGGAACAAGACAGGUCUGCAAGCGAAAGCGAGAAGGAACGACUGGAUGAACAGAACAAUCAACGAUCACUCACCUUCGACUAUAUCCAACCGAGGCCAUUACAUGAUGAUACUUCGCCGCCGUUACUCUCCACUUAUGACGAGCCGAUCCGGAGGGUCAUCGAGGAUAUGCGGGAGCAGAGGAUGAGCCUGUGCCAGAGUUUGAGGCAAUAUGUAUUUGUGCAUCGUGCUAUCAUCGAGGGUGCGCUCAUGAUUGUGGACGAGGAGAAAUUGAGAAAGGCUGAGGCGGCACGGAAACCGAAAGCUCCUCCUCUUCCUCAAGAACGCCACGGUGAUCGAGCACAAUCAUCAGCCCAGACGAGCCUAGGUGCCAAAGGUCCAAGUCCGUUUUCGGAAGUCGUUCCGCGGGGUGUUACUGCGAUGGAAUCUCCGGAGCGUGAACCUGUCUUGGGGUCACCGUUCGCAGCACUGAAGAUUAAGGACAAGGGCAAGGACAAGGAGACCAAGGAGACUAAGAAAUGGAACCCGAGUGAGAUGACGGACGUUACGAUGCAGUCUCCUUUACCCUCACCUGGGCGGCAGAAACGAGGGCCGAGUCCUACCGAGCUGUUGAAGGAAGGGGCGUUGGGGGAACCUAUGUUGGUUAAGAGGCCGAGCGUGAAAAGGAAGCAGAGGGCUUCUUUGGAUGAUGUCGAUGAUCAUGGUGACCAACAGUUGAGGCUUGCGCUUGCGCUUGAUCCCAUGGUCUUGGUUGAGCAGCAGUCCUUUCCUGAGAGGUAGCUUUGAUGCUUGUUUGGGUUUGCCUCGAGUUGUGUUCGUGUUUGGUAGGACAUUCUUUUACUUUCUUGCCCUGUUUUCGUUUUCGGAUCUCGUCUCGUCUGGAUUAAGCACUUACUAUAGUCUAACAUCCCCAUCCCGCACCACCACCACCAUCACCCCUCCUCUCUCUCUGCGCAUGCUGCCUUGGGAUACAAACAUGUAUCGAUUCAUCUGUAUCAUCACUCACUCACCGUCCUCACUCACUGUCAACUCAAGUUGUAAAAUCGUAGUUUAGGUUAAAUAGGUUAGGCAGUUGCUCUUUAGAUCGACUGUUACGGACAUUAAGUACAUACAUACAUCAUGUAGUUCUCUUUUUUCCCUUUUCAUCCCUCGCUUUCACCGACGCUCUCACUGGCAGUCAUUACACACGUACGCAUUUUAUCUACUACUUAUACGCCCCCCCCCCAUCCCAUAGCCAUUAGCCAUUAGCCCACGCUCCAUUAUUAUCUAACGCAUGCAUGUAUCGUAUAUAUCUUCAACAUGACAACAUGACAACAUGACGCUGCUUGCAGUUUUUGUUAGAGUC